CUCUGGCGAAACGAUUGUUGUCGCCCGCUGGCAGCACGAUCGAUCGAUCCAUGGUCGACAAUGCACCGCCUACGGGGGGCGCCCGUCAAUUGAGUGCCGCGGAGUCCUUGCACUUCUCCUCCUCUGAGGAGCGUAUGUCUUCUCCCACAAAGAUGACAGAAGUCCCGCCGUCGCUGCUCUCAGUUGGCGCCGACUGUAUCAAGGUCGUUGUCGACACGAGCGUGUCCGAAAUGGCCAUGUUGCAGCACCUGUACGGCACGAUGGACUGGUACGGCCACACGAUCACUGUCAAAGUCAUCACAGGCGCCACGCUCAUCGUGCUCUACCUGUACGUGAGCGGGACAUCCUUGAUCAACCUGGAAGCGUACGAUCCCGUGGUGGUGGAUCAUGCGAUCGCCGCGAUUGCGCUGUCAGGUCCUGUGGGGUACGCACUGCUCCUGAACAUGUACUACUCGGACGUGGAAACCCCCGUGGGGCUCACAUUGCUGACGCUGCGCAUCUCGUGCUGCUGUAUCGUCGGCGCCGCCAUGACCGUGUUCCUCGCCGAAUGCUUCUCGAGACGGCUGGUGUUCUCGCUCGUGCUCAUGGGGUACGGCGUGUGGGGUAUCGGGUACGCGUGGUCCGUCCCGCUGUGGCGGUGGUACACGUACGACGUCCGUCGGCACGGCCUCGUCGCGUUCCUUCCCGCCGGCCUCCAGGACACGCUCCUGCGCAUGACGCUCCUCGAGUGGCUCACGGACACGUCAUUCGCCGACAAGUUGCGCGACUAUUUUCCGUUUUUCCUGCCGUUGAACAACGUAGAGCAGCAACGAGUGGUGCACAGCCUUCCCUGCGACACCCAGACCAUGAUGCACACGCCAGGGCUCGUGCACUUGCUCCCCUCGGCUCUGCAAGACGUACUGCUGCCGCCCACUGCAGGCGACUCGAUAGAUGUUGUCACGACGUCGUCGUCACGAGGAGCCACCGCGGGUGACGACAAGUCGACCACCACGACCGCCCAAGGAACGGCUAUGGUUGGCUUUGACUUUCACAAGUUGGAACGUUCUGGUGCUGCCACGUCAUCGACGAAUGUACUGACGGAGAUACUCCACGACAAGAUCUCCAAGUACGAGGUUGCAUGAUGCGAUCGAUUAUCACAGUAUGGGUGUUGUGUAGCUCGAUGCUGUCGUUGGUGCAGAUGCCGUCGCCGACAGUGUUGAAUCAAACCGCCGCCAUCUCGAGCUUUCUCUUCGCUCUGCAGUUGAGUCAGUCGUCGAAGGCCCGAGUUCACUUUGUAAUCCUUCUCCGCGUCGUGUGCCUCGCAGUCCUCGGCACCGUUGCGUCGGCUGCCGUAUCGCUCCGAGCGAUUCAAGUUCUCACGACGAUGCCGUCGUCUAGGAGGUACCUGGCUCUCGUCCAAGAGAUCUGGAUGCGGAGGCAGAGCGGACAACAGCGCCGACUAACCGACGGAGGAGGGGGCAAGGCCACCGCGGCCCUCGUCACGGCCACAAAGUACGGGGCUGCUGCCAUGGCUGCUGUGUGGAUCGUGCGCAAGUUGCAAAAGUGAAGCGUUGCAAAAUACAGUUACACUUUCAGUUUUGACG